AUGGACGCACCCACACCUGCACCCUCAUUCCACUCUUCUAAGCCCGCCCCGUUUAACGACGUCGGCGCCCUCCCCUCUAACGGUAUCGUCUCCACAAUCCAGUUUCAGUCCUCUGCCGUACCGUUUAACUCCGCUGAGCCCACGCUCGGCCGCCAUCUCGCGCGCCGCCUCGUUCAGAUAGGUGUUAGCGACGUGUUCUCCGUCCCCGGCGACUUCAACUUGACAUUGCUUGACCAUCUCAUAGCCGAGCCCGGGCUCAACUUGAUCGGCUGCUGCAACGAGCUCAACGCCGGCUAUGCGGCCGAUGGCUAUGCCAGGGCUCGAGGGGUUGGCGCAUGCGUCGUGACGUUCACCGUUGGAGGUUUGAGUAUUCUCAAUGCGAUCGCGGGGGCUUACAGCGAGAAUCUCCCGGUGAUAUGUAUUGUCGGAGGCCCAAACUCGAAUGACUAUGGUACUAACCGGAUCCUACAUCACACUAUCGGAUUACCGGAUUUUAGCCAGGAGUUGCAUUGCUUCCGGUCUGUUACUUGCUAUCAGGCGGUGGUGAAUGAUUUGGAGGAUGCACAUGAGUUGAUAGAUAGGGCGAUAUCCACCGCGUUAAAAGAGAGCAAGCCAGUUUACAUAAGCAUCAGCUGCAACUUGCCGGCGAUUCCACACCCGACUUUUAGUCGUGAGCCCGUACCAUUUUCUCUAUCCCCCAAAUUGAGUAAUCAAAUGGGCCUAGAGACCGCAGUGGAAGCAGCAGUAGAGUUUUUGAACAAGGCUGUGAAACCAGUAAUUGUAGGAGGGCCGAAACUGCGUGCUGCAAAAGCACGCGAUGCCUUUGUUCAAUUGGCCGAUGCUUGUGGCUAUGCCUUUGCAGUUAUGCCAUCAGCUAAAGGGCUAGUUCCGGAGGACCACCCCCAUUUCAUCGGUACCUACUGGGGGGCCGUGAGUACCGCCUUCUGUGCUGAAAUUGUGGAAUCAGCUGACGCUUACCUGUUUGUGGGACCGAUAUUUAACGACUACAGUUCGGUUGGAUACUCUCUGCUUCUCAAGAAAGAGAAGGCAAUUAUCGUGCAGCCUGAUCGUGUGGUCAUCGGUAACGGGCCGACAUUUGGAUGUGUUUUGAUGAAGGAUUUCUUAAUUGCUCUUGGAAAAAGGCUCAUGCCUAAUCGAACUGCUUAUGAGAACUACCACAGGAUCUAUGUUCCUGAUGGGCAUCCUCUGAAAAGUGAGCCCAAUGAGGCCUUGAGAGUAAAUGUUCUGUUUCAGCAUAUUCAGAAGAUGUUGUCCGCUGAGACAGCCAUCAUUGCUGAGACGGGAGACUCAUGGUUUAACUGCCAGAAACUAAGAUUACCAAAGGGAUGCCGGUAUGAAUUCCAGAUGCAAUACGGAUCAAUUGGUUGGUCGGUAGGUGCAACUUUAGGUUAUGCGCAGGCAGUGCCGAAUAUGCGAGUGAUUGCUUGCAUUGGUGAUGGUAGCUUUCAGAUGACGGCUCAGGACGUGUCGACAAUGAUUCGAUGUGGGCAGAAGAGUAUUAUCUUCCUGAUAAACAAUGGUGGAUACACUAUCGAGGUGGAGAUCCAUGAUGGGCCUUAUAACGUGAUCAAGAACUGGAAUUACACUGCCUUAGUUGAAGCAAUCCAAAAUGGUGAAGGCAACUGCUGGAGCACAAAGGUCCGAUGUGAAGAAGAGCUGAUUGAAGCAAUUAAGAAUGCUACAGAAGCCAAGAAAGACUGUUUGUGUUUCAUCGAAGUAAUUGUCCACAAGGAUGAUACAAGCAAAGAGCUUCUCGAAUGGGGUUCCAGGGUAUCUGCAGCUAACAGCCGGCCCCCAAACCCGCGGUAGACUGGCUAGGUUGAACCUGCAAACUGUGUAUCCAAUUAAUCCAAUCAAUAUCUGAUGUGCAAUUCCUGUUUACUUUUGUGCUAUUUUUAUUUGGUGCUAUGUAAUAUAUAU